AUGGUAUACCGGUCCGCUGUGGGGACAAUCGAUCAGUCAUCGUACAGCCGUCGCCAGUUGGACGCCGCUAGUGUGGUCCCGGCCUUAAGCUCACCAUUGUCUCAGAAUGACACAUUGAGUUCACAGCACGAAUUGCUUUUGAGUGCGGAAUUUGUAGUCGCCCUCAACAGCGCACUUCCGAGGAACGCUCGCUUAUUAGCCGGGGUCGAAUCUUUAUGGUUGCGCGACAUGCGAUACCAAUUAUUCGUUCCACCGGUGCGGGGCUGGCGCGGACGGAUUUGUCAAUUACCCGUCGCCAUAUCGCAUCGGGGCGGCCAUCUUGCGUCGCGCGAAUGUCAACCGGGGGCCGGCCAAUUACGGGGCGGCGCGCGCGCAGGGCUGGCGGGAACAGCGCACCACGCGAUCCCA